GACAGUGACAAACUGGAUCAAUAUUUGCCAAAGGGAAUUCAUACCUGCUACAUUUAAUUGUCUGGAAGAUAGUGAUAAAAGCAUCUUUCAUGAGAGAUGAUACAAUGCAUCAGACUGAAGACCCUUGAUGGGAAUCAAAGAUUAAAUGCAUUUAUGGAAAAAGAAAAAUUGGAUAGUAAGAUAAUAGUGGAAUAUUAUAACACUGCAAUGGAUCCCUCAGCAGAAAACAGUAUGUAUGUAAACAAAGUAUGGGUUCAGUGUGAGAGUGAAAGCUGUUUGAAAUGGAGAUUGUUGUCAAGUGAGGAUGCAGACAGAGUUGACCACAAUAAACCAUGGUACUGCUUCAUGAACGCUGAUUCAAGAUACAAUAACUGCUCUGUUUCUGAAGAAGACUUCCCUGAAGAGUCUCAGCUUCAUGAAAGUGGAUUUAAGAUUGUCUAUUCACAGCUCCCUUUUGGAAGCCUGGUUUUGGUAAAAUUACAGAAUUGGCCAAGUUGGCCUGGGAUACUUUGCCCAGAUCCUUUUAAAGGGAAAUAUGUGAUCUAUGACCUGGAUGGCAAUGUUGAACAAUAUCAUAUAGAAUUCCUGGGAGAUCCCCAUUCAAGAUCAUGGAUAAAUGCAACAUUUGUUGGACAUUAUAGUAUCACAUUAAAGCCAGAAAAAUGUAAGAAAAAAAAGAAAUGGUAUAAAAGUGCACUACAAGAAGCCCGCCUCCUCUAUGGAUAUUCCUUUGAGCAAAGACUGGAAAUGUGCCACCUAUCCAAACAGGAUAAAUCCAAAGCAGAUGGCAAAGUUGCUGUGGUAGCCAAGAAAAGGAUGCAAGUUUCCAAAAACACAACAGAAAAGAAGAAGCCCAAAUUUAGAAGGAAAAGGAAAGCUAUUUUAAAAUGCUCUUUUGAAAAUGUUUGUUCAGAUGAUGCCUUAUCAAAGGAAAACAUGGUUGUUUCUGAGACCGAAGUUUUACUGAAGGAGCUGGAGCAAAUGCUACAGCAGGCGCUAGACCCCACAGGGGCACCUGAUGAGCCCAUAGAGGAGCAUGGAGAGGAGUUAACUAAAUGCAGCUCUGAAGUCCCAGCAGGCAGUCCAUUCGAAAACCACUAUGAAGAGGACUAUCUUGUAAUUGAUGGCAUAAAAUUAAAAGCUGGAGAAUGUAUUGAAAGUAUAACUAACAAAUUUAAAGAAAUAGAUGCUCUAAUGUCUGAAUUUUAGGGUGUUAUAAAUAUUUUCAAAGGCUAGUUAUAAAGACACUUACAUGUUUAUAUUUUCCCAAAAGUCAAAAGCUUGAAAAUAGGGAAAUAGGUGUAUGUUAUACCAAAGCUGAUAUUUAUAAUGACUUUCUAUUUUAUACUUUGAGAAUAGCCAUUGUUUUGAGAAUCAAUCAAAUGGUACUUAAAUUAGUAAUAAAAAUUUAGGAUUUAAGAAGCCCUGAUAUUUGUAUUUAUAGAUUUUUUUCUUGUGUGCCUUAGUUUUAAAAUGGUUUAUAAACUUACUGCACAAACACAUGCUUUACAAUGAUUUAUUUAGGCCCUUUAUUCAAAUGUGGCUAUUUAGAUGGCCGUCAAGGCUAUUAUAAUUCAUACAGAUAAUUCAAGUGUACUAGAGACGUGAGAAUGUAUAUUGGUAAUGGAAUUAAGCUACUACAAAAUAAAAGGAAAUAAUAAAAAAGUACUGUAUACUAGAGUUGGUGCUUUUCUCAGAGGUGUCAGUUACCUUUUAUGGGAAAUAAUCAUUUCAACCCCGAUUCCCAAAACUGAUUAACAGAGUCUCAGGGGAGGUGGGGAGGCUGUAGACGGUCAGAAUCCUGGAUGCUUCCCCCAUUGAAUCAGUAUCUCUGAAGGUGAGGAUGGGAAAAUGUAGUGGAAAACAUAAAGAGAUAAGUUAAGUAUAUUCUCACUAAAAAAAAAUCCAUAAGCAAUGUAGGCAGGCAAAACGUGUAUCAUGCAACAUCACUCCCUUAACACUUCCCCUGCAACCCCAUUCUAUAGGGAUUCCCAGGAACAGUUUUGGUGAGUGUCCUUCUACAUCGUGUUCUAAUGCGCAUCCAUCUCUAGUGCCCACACUUGCACUCUUUCCAUGCCCUUCUCUCUCCUGGGAGUAUGGGGUCAGAGAAAGGACAUUCCAAGCACAUGGAAACAAAACCAAAGCUUGAAGAGAGAAGAAAGCAGUACAGCCCCUCGGACCUAUUGCUUGUUGAAUUAACUAGAGUGACCGUGUGCUGGUGUGAAGGUCACCACAGCAGGUGAGCUGCACUGUGUACAUAGGCUGAAGAGUUUGUAACUGCAGGGGCCAAGUGGAGAGUUUCAGACAGUGGAAUCCCUUUUACAUUUCAGGAAGAUCACACCAGCAGCAGACAGAGGUUGGAGUGAGCAGGAGUAACACCGGAGACAGGGGGCCUAUUAGGAGGCUACUUAGGGAAUUCAGGUGCAAGACUUUGAGAGCCUGAGUAUGGCACAAAUGGAGAGAGUGGAAUGGC